CAGUCUUUGUGGGUGCAACACGUCGGUCGCAACACGCAGAAGCAGUAGCCGCGUCCGCGUCCGCAAUUGCAGUCGCAGUCGCAGUCGAGAAGUGCAAAAGCGAACAGAUAAAAUCGAAACUUAAUUAAAUAAUAAACGCGCGCGCGAUCGAUCACAGGAAGAAGCCUCUCGCCAAUUGUGCUGUACACAGGGUGUUGCCAGAUUGUUGGCGUUUUGAGACCAAGUGCUAAAUUCUGCGUCCACUCCUUGGGGUGGUGGUUGCCAGCGGCAUUUCGUUCAUUGUGCGUCAAGUAUUGGCAUCAGGUGCUCGAGCCACCCGAGAGUUUGAGAUGCUGCCGAUCUUGUUGGCGCUGGCGCUGGCCCUGCUGGGCAGCCGUGCCUCGAAUGCGAGCAACGCAGCGAUGCAUCAACGCCAGCGCGACAGCACCGACAUCAAGGAGAAGAUCACGGAGCUGCAGUGCCUGGCCAAUUGCGAGAACAACACCCCAGCCACAGUCCAGCGUUGCCUGGACCAGUGCAAAUUGGAGCUGUUGCGUGCGCCCCGAGCCGGCAGCUGUCCGAGCAGCACGCUGCUCGCGCGGCAGGCGCGUCUCUCCUGUCUGGACAACUGUGUCUACGACCACGACUGCGUCGAGGUGCAAAAGUGCUGCGCCUCCGCGUGCGGCCCCGUCUGCGCCGAGCCGCUGGGCGUGCGCAACGCCAGCCAGCUGCCGCCCAUACCAAAGAUCCUGCGCUACAAGCUGCCGCGCAGCCACAAGGUGGAGCUGACCAUUGAGCUGUCGCUCCUGCCCUGCUACUUCCAUGUGGAGGUGCGCUCGCAUAUCGGGCGCAUCUUUACGCCGCGCAAGCUGGGCAUGUGGCAGUCGCAGCAGGUCGAGAAGAUACUGGAGACGCGCGACGGACCCAGCAAAUUCAUGGAUAUCUUCUUUAACAUACGACCCGGUCGCUGGUAUCAGGUGCGCGUUGCGGCGGUGAAUGCCUACGGAUUCCGCGGCUACUCGCAGCCCUCGCACGCCUUUACCCUGGCCAGCAAUCCCAAGCCGCCCAAGGCGCCCAACGAUGUGCGUGUCACCUCCAAGCACUACGACGGACGGCGCUCCGUGAGCGUCAAGGUGGUCUGGUGUCCGUCCAAGUCCAAUCUGCCAGUGGAAAAAUAUAAAAUCACCUGGUCGCUCUACGUGAGCAGCACGGAUCAGCACAUCUUCACUCUCUUUGCCUAUGUCAGGGAUACGCAUCAGUUCGAGAUCAAGAAACUGCGUCCCAACUCCUCGUACUAUAUACAAGUGCAGGCCAUGUCCAUAAUUGGGCUGCGGCGCCUGAAAUCGGAGCAGACGGCGUUGUUAUACAACACGACGCUUCAGUUGGACGAACCGUAUGCAGCUCCGCUCGAUUGCAGCAGCCACCAUGUCAGGCACAAGUACCAUCACGGCCACGCAGCCGCCGUCGCGGAGGAGAUCAGCUCGACGCCAGCUGUGAGCUCCAUUAAUGAGGUUGGGCGGGCAAAGACGCCCGCGGAGCUGGGCAAUGCCUCCUCCUAUGAUGUACGUUUCCGUUUGAACCGGAAAUUUGGCAUGAUUGUGCAAAUUUUGGGAUUCCAGCCACACAAGGAGAAAGUCUUCGAGCUGUGCCCCCAAGAAACGAAAUGCGAGCACCGCGAAUUCAGCGCCAUCCGUGUCAAAAAGGAUUCGCUGGAGUUUAGCAAAUUGAAAUAUAACACAACGUACGUGCUGAAGGCGCUGAGAUCCAGUCCGAACUCCGUGCUGGAGGACACGAGGAAUGCGUUCACCUUCACAACGCCCAAGUGCGAGAACUUUCGCCAACGUUUUCCCAAAAUGCAAAUCAAAUGCAGCGACUAACCCGGCUCCGUGGUGGUG